UCCCUGGCACUCUUCUUUAGACUUCUGCCAGUGACCUCAUCACCUUUGUACUUGCCCACAUGAUGUUAAUUCUUAUUAUGCUGGUGUUUCCCUGCAGCCUUCUUAUGAAACAAAAGAAAUUCCUCUACAACUUCAAGAACCUGCGCUGGGCCAAAGGCCGUCAUGAAACAUACCUUUGCUAUGUGGUAAAGCGGCGGGAUAGUGCCACCUCCUGCUCCCUGGAUUUUGGAUAUCUACGUAAUAAGUCAGGUGUCCAUGUUGAAGUUCUCUUCCUGCGCUACAUCUCUGCUUGGGACCUGGAUCCAAAGCAUUGCUAUCGGAUCACCUGGUUCACCUCAUGGAGCCCUUGUUAUGACUGUGCCCAGCAUGUGGCUGAUUUCUUGCGUGCCUAUCCUAACCUAACACUCCGCAUCUUUGCUGCCCGUCUAUACUUCUGUGAGGAUCGCAAUGCUGAGCCUGAAGGGCUGCGACGUCUCCACCGUGCGGGAGCACAGAUUGCCAUCAUGACCUUCAAAGAUUACUUUUACUGCUGGAAUACCUUUGUGGAGAAACGCAAGACGACCUUCAAAGCGUGGGAAGGACUUCAUGAAAAUUCUGUACGUCUUGCUAGGAAGCUCCGACGUAUCCUUUUGCCACUUUAUGAAAUUGAUGACUUGCGAGAUGCCUUCCGAAUUCUUGGACUUUAAAGGAAGGGGGAAAAGAUGUUGCAUCCAAACCUUCUGGACACAGCGUUCCGGAAGUAUUUAACCCUUUGUUAUCUUCCUUCUUUACUGUCAUGAACAUCCACAUCCUGAGAAAAUCACAGCUUUCAGGAAAAACAAUAAGAAAGACCCUCUGAGGGUCUUUAUUUGCACACUGUUUGGUGCUCCCUCUCUAUUGGAAGGGGUCAAAGCCUCUUCGAACAGAGUCAAGUAAUUUGUCAAGUUAAAAAGUCAAGUAAUUUGUCCCUAUUGAUUAUAUUCCUAUCAGUGAGGACAGCUAGACAAAUGGACAUUUUAGAGAGUUAUCAGUUAGUGCUGGAGAAAGACUAGCUGAAUUGCUUAGCAACACCAUCGAUUUGGAGUUAAAAACUUCAAACUUUCAGCUAAUAUCGCAGAAGUAUUCAACGUCUACAAAGAACAUUGGCUUUACAUGGUGCAGAAAGUGAAAUUCAAAUCUUGAUGGCCACAUAUGUUUUCAACAGAGAUUUACUGAUACUGGAUGGACUUGGAAACCAUGUUGCCGCCACUGGAUAGCAGCACUGCCACUUUGGCAUUGGUUUUGUACUGCUGUGCAUGCAGCUGUGUCAUGGGGUCUUCAUUGUGCCAAGGUUUUAAGUUGGAUUCUUGUUGCAGGCAACUGUAAAUGUUGGUGGAAAUGCUCUUCAGAGGUCUGAUACCCUUUUUGAAAGUGGUUUCAACACUGGAUUGUUCUGAACCUCCCCCCCCGCCCCCCGCCCCCCAAAGUUCCAAAGAACCUAGCAAGCUUUCCUUUCGUGUCUUAUCACAUCACAGUGGCAAGGAGGUGAAGAUAUGCUGGCCUGGAAAUGAAGCCAGGAGUACUAGGCAUGCAGAUGGUCCCAGGUUCAGUUUCUAGCAUCUCUAGUUAAAGGAUCAGGUAGCAGUGAUGGAAAAGUCUGAGCUCUUGGGAGAGCUACAGCCAGAGUAGA